AUGAAAAUCAUACCUCUGACCCAAGGCAAAGAAGCUAAGGUUGAUGACCAAUUCUACGAUCAGCUUAUAGCGAUGGGUAGCUGGCGAUUCAACCGCACCAAUGUAGGCGGGUACGCCAGAAAUGACAACCACGGAAUGAUGCACCGAGUUGUCUGGCAGUUAGCAGGGAACAUUUUGUUGCCCUUCCCUAAAGGUCAGAUCGAUCAUCGGGACCUCGACAAACUGAACAAUCAAAUUAGCAACCUCCGGAAUGCCAACGCAUCACAACAGAAGGCCAACAUGAAGGACCGAGUAGAAAGUCGAGGAUAUCUCAAGGGUGUCUACUUGACAAAGUCUGGGAAUUGGUCAUCUCGCAUAGGUACCGGAGGCGGAAAAUCAAAGCACUUAGGCACAUUUGAAACGGGUCUCGAAGCCGCCUUAGCCUACGACGAAGCCGCCUUGGAACUCUUUGGUGAGUUUGCUCACUUGAAUUUUCCGGAGGUGUUCCGUGAAGCCGGACGUGUUCGAUAUUUCGGUCCUUGGAAUGACCCCGACGGGGCGUUGAAGAAGUUCCAGGCUCAGCGAGACGCCCUCAUGGCCGGGAUGGAACCCCAACAAGAAGGCGUGACUCUAAAGCACCUGGUUAAUUGCUUCCUUACCUCCAAGGAAGACGAUGUUGAUUCUGGCGACCUAAGCACUCGGACGUUCCGAGACUAUAAGGAAGCCUGCCAACGAUUCACCAAGCACAUUAGCAAGUACCGCACGGUCGAGAGCCUCACCCCACAAGACUUCGCUAAGGUCCGUAAGAAGCUGGCCAAGACCCGCGGCCCCGUGAGCAUCCUCAACGACAUCAGCCGCGUCCGCACGAUGUUCAAGUGGGGCGUCGAUCAAGAGAUUAUCGAUCAGCCACCCAGGUAUGGGCAGAAGUGGAAGAAGCCCAGCCAGACAAAGCUGAGACAGGCCAGGGCCGAGAAGGGCUCGAUGAUGUUCGAGCCGGAAGAGAUUAUUGCCUUGUUGGACGCUGCCAACCCGAAGCUGAGGGCCAUGAUCCUCUUGGGUUGCAAUUGCGCAUUCGGCCCGUCCGACUGUGCCAGGCUGAAGUGGUCGAUGGUCCAAAAAGGUUGGAUCAACUUCCCUAGGCCCAAGACUGGGAUCGCUCGGAGAGUACCUCUGUGGCCCGAGACAUUGGAUGCGUUACCCGCACCGAGCAGCGGUCUGGUAUUUCUGACCGCUAAAGGCAACCGCUUUGAUCCGGACAACGACAGGCCGCUUAGUAAGGAAUUGACAAAGUUGUCAAAGAGCUUGGGUAUCCAUCACCACGGCCGUAGUUUCUAUGGAUUCAGACGCGCUACACAAACAAUAGGUGAGGAAGUUGAUGCCAUUGCCACUAGUGCAAUCAUGGGGCAUGCUCCUAAACAAUCAGACAUGUCCGCCGUCUACCGACAAUACCUAUUCGAUCGUCGUUUGCUCAAUGUGGUGAGCCACGUUCGAGAGUGGGUGUUCGUCGCUCAGUUUUAUUCGGUGGCAGGGAUUUGGCCCAUUACUUACGUUGACGGCUUUUAG